AUGCAGAAGCGGAGAGUCAUCACCGUGAAUCCAUCAGCUUCUAUAGAGAUGAGCCACCACAACAGCAACAACGGUGAGGUUCCUUACUCAACCGUUGGUGAUGAUAAUGAGGCUCCAUCUCCUAAAGCCACCGACAAGAUCCGGAAAGUUUCCAUGACUCACGGUGUUGAAGACAGUUUGAAUGCAGCUGGACCAUUGCUAGCUCUUCUAGGCUUUGUCAUAUUCCCUUUCAUUUGGAGUAUCACUGAGGCGUUGAUCACUGCUGAGAUGGAUACAAUGUUCCCUGAGAAUGGAGGCUACAUCGUGUGGGUCUCCUCUGCUUUGGGACCCUUCUGUGGGUUUCAGCAAGGUUGGAUGAAGUGGCUGACUGGUGUUAUAGACAACGCCUUGUAUCCUGUUCUGUUUCUUGAUUAUUUGAAAUCAGGAAUCCCUGCUUUAGGUGGAGGUUUGCCGAGAAUUGUGGCCAGCUUGGUGUUGACUAUUUUGCUUACUUACUUAAACUACAGGGGGCUGACUAUAGUUGGUUGGGCUGCUGUGCUUAUGGGUGUUUUCUCCAUCCUUCCUUUUGCUGUCAUGGGUUUGAUUUCGAUUCCGCAGAUUGAGCUUUCCAGAUGGCUGGUGAUGGACUUAGGGAAUAAUCUAAACUAUUGGGAUUCGAUCAGUACUCUAGCUGGUGAAGUGGAAAAUCCGAACCAGACGCUUCCAAAGGCUUUGUACUAUGGAGUCAUCUUAGUCGCUCUUUCUUACAUCUUCCCUCUUUUGACUGGAACCGGGGCGAUUCUGCUAGAACGUGAGUUAUGGACAGAUGGGUAUUUCUCUGAUGUGGCUAAAGCUCUAGGUGGAGCGUGGUUGAGAUGGUGGGUUCAAGCUGCUGCAGCUACGUCAGACAUGGGAAUGUUUUUAGCUGAGAUGAGUAGUGACUCUUUCCAGAUUCUCGGAAUGGCUGAGCGCGGUAUGCUUCCUGAGUUCUUUGCCAAGAGGUCACGUUACAGGACACCUUUAUUAGGGAUCCUGUUUUCAGCUUCUGGCGUUGUGCUCUUGUCUUGGCUAAGAUUUCAAGAGAUUGUAGCUGCGGAGAAUUUACUCUACUGCGUUGGUAUGAUCUUGGAGUUUAUAGCGUUUGUUAGAAUGAGAAUGAAACACCCGUAUGCGUCAAGACCAUACAUGAUACCUAUCGGCACCGUAGGUUCCAUCCUCAUGUGUGUUCCUCCAACCUUACUGAUCUUUGCGGUCGUAGAACUCUCGUCUCUUAAAGUAGCGGCAGUGAGUUUUGUAAUGCUGAUCAUUGGGUUUGUUAGGCAUCCUUGUCUAAACCACAUGGAUCGAAAGAGAUGGAUCAAGUUCUCCAUCAGUUCUGACUUACGAGACCUUCAGCAUGAGACUCGGGAAUGCCAAGAAACUCUGAUACGCUAG